AUGAUGGGCAAUCGUGCAUCGUAUCUUGCCAACACUAUUACUUUCAUCUUGAGUAUAGCUGUAGCUACAUGCAAGUACGCUCAAGCCACCAAUUCAACUCUGGAUAUAAACAGUGCUGAUACACUCCGAUUGACGCAGGCUGCAGCUGUACAUAAUCUUUUACUGGACAAUCCGCCCAAUUCAUUUGGUGCUUUUGGCAUUCCAGAAUUCUCUUUAUGGGGAGAAUCAGCAUUAACAUGGCAUUCUAUCAUUGGAUACCUCGGGACUGCAAACGAUAUCCCUGUAUUAGAUAUAUUAAGAAAAUCGCUUAAUAUUGCAAGCUUUCAAGGUCUCGGUGAUUUUCUCGGCGGUAAUCUAGCACAUCUGGAGAUCCAAAUGCACGGGAAAACCAACGACAAAUUGGUUCUUUGGGGAUUAGCAGUUGCCAAGGGAACAGAGGUGUUUGGAUCAUUGGCACAGAUUAAUCCAGCAGCACUCACAUUCGGUAACCUAACUCAACGAACGUGGAUGCAGCUUCAAUCUGCAUGGGACGAAACACUUUGUUCAGGUGGAAUUCCCACAGACACAACUGUCCCAUUAUCACAACAGAUCAAAUCUACCAUCACUAACGCUGGAUUCAUGGCUCUCUCGGCACGUCUUUACGGCAUCACAGGAAACGUCACAUACAAAAAGUGGGCUGACAAGACCUACAACUGGAUGGCAGAUUCUGGACUGAUUACAACCGAAUUUUCCGUUUACGAAUCACUAGCGCAUGCAUCCACCAUCAAUGCAAGCACAAGCCAUGUGGUAUCAGAUCCGUCACCUUUAUCCAAACCCACUAGCGUCAAGUUAGCGUGCAAACUCUAUUCACGAGAGCAAUGGAGUGCCCCAUCAGGAUUACUUCUUAGUGCACUUGGAUACAUGUACCAAUACACCGCCUUGGAACCCUAUAUUGAUCAGCUACGGACGCUGUUAAAUGCCACGCUAGAAACGUUUUCAACCUCGAAUGCCGUGCUGAUUGAACCACUAUGCGAGCUAGGAGCAAAGUGUGUGCAGCAGGCAUGGUUCAAAGGGAUUCUUGUCGGAGGACUUACAGAUACGUAUCAAACAGUCGAGGAUGCGAAAAUUCGUAAACUGAUUCAGACAAGACUCGAAAUAUCAUUAUCAGAAAUGGUCAAAACAUGCGGAGCCUCAUGGAACUGUAGUCAAAUAUGGUCAGGAGUGCCCAUAUCGCCAUAUACACUUAAUGAUCAGUACCAGACUGUACAACUGCUCAACUCGGCCAUGAUUAUGCUUCAGGCCAUUGAUACCACAAAUUCCAAUUCAUCCACAACAUACACGUCAACAUCCACCACAGAUUAUAUGCCAUCAACAACCACAUCUACUUUACAAUCCACAAUGACAUUGUCAGAGUCAUCUCUUGCCUCGUGGAUUCCUAUUGUGGGUGCAAACACAUCUCAAGCCAUGCACACAUCUAGAGCAUCUAUAUGGACAGUCUCAAUGUAUAUGAUAGCUGUCUGGAUAAUAGCAAAUAUGAUUGGAUGA